GCAUGAUAUAUAACAUCAGACAGGCUGAAAAUGUUUCACAGUCACGAAUACAUGAUGAUACUUUUGAAUGAAAAGCCUUCUGCUCUCAUUUAUAAUAUUGUGGUUAUGAGUUAAGGAAACAAGGAGGUCACAAUGACAGGUCAGAAUUAAUUAAACUGGAGGUGACAACAAGCUGAAAGACGAAGAGAAGUAAAAUGCUGACUUGAACAGCUUCAUAUCAGGAACAGAAAUACAGAAGCAGUCCACAGUUAAGACCAAGAAUCGUGGCGACUGCAGCGCUCACAGUAUUCUAACUUCUGUCUGUAAAACACAGUCUGAGGUGACCAUGGACAAAAACCUGCCUGAUGCUUCAGCCACAAAUAGGAAACUGGUUGUCUGGAGCCUCGGACUCCUGUGUAUCCUGCAAGCUGCUCUCAACAUUUCCCUGCGUCUUGCUCUCUACAGUUCUGAUGCACCAGAUUAUGAUGCUGUGAUCAGGAACCUGACAGAAGAGAGGGACCAGUUGAAGAGGAAGUUGAAUACAUCUGACAGUUCUGAUGCACCAGAUUGUGAUGCUGUGAUCAGGAACCUGACAGAAGAGAGGGACCAGUUGAAGAGGAAAUUGAAAACAUUUGAUCAUUACACCCAAGAAGGAUGGGUAUACUUCCGCUCUAGUUUCUACUUCAUCUCCUCUGACACGAAAUCCUGGGCAGACAGUAGAGACAACUGUCUGCAGAAAGUAGCCGACCUGGUGAUUAUCAACAGCAAAGAGGAAAAUGAGUUCAUAAGACAGUUCAGAAGGCUCUUCUGGAUCGGACUGACUGACAAAGAGAAAGAAGGGAUAUGGAAAUGGGUGGAUGGGACUUUGCUGAGCACAACAUCAAGCUUCUGGCACCGUGGGGAACCAAACUCUUAUUUUAGCACUGAUGAAGACUGUGGAGAGACAAAGUUCAACGAAGUCGAAGACAACUGGAAUGAUGAAAAAUGUCACUGGCAGAAGUUCUGGAUCUGUGAAAAGAUGGAGGCUUGAUAACGCUGCACCCACACGCACCACACUGGCAACUGCUGAGCUGCAGAGGAAGUGACUCAUUAAAAUGCAAAGACAUAAACAGCUAAGCUACAUUUUGACAUCUCCCCAUAGUAAGAGGCACUAAUAACAAAACUAAUGAUAUUUAGUUUGAUUCGUUCCUGGGUCCUGAUAUUUUAUUUGCUUCCUGUGUCAUUUGUUUUCAUACUGUAGCUUCUGUCAAUAUCAGAAUCACACUUUUUCUUAUGAAUAAAUGCUUUGUAAUCA